CAACUGGCGGGACUUCUUCACAUGUAGGCUGCUGAAUUGGUUGUUUACCGAGCUUUAAGGCGUAUUUUUACUGAAUUGCUGCUGAAUAAAUCAAACAUGAUGGCUACACACGGUAAAGAAUGCUCUGGAGUAAACGGUGGCGCAACAUCGGGGUCUUCAAACGGCUGCAGCGAAGUUUUAGCAAACAAGAAACACUCUGUGGUAGUAAACGGAGGAGCCGCCGGGGACUCGUGUCACCCAAAGCCGAUAAACGGAGAGGCCGGGAGGGCAGAAAGGUUCACCUUUACCGCCGAACCGACCAUUGAGGAUAUUCGACGAAUGCAAGCGGAGUUCACGGACGAGCGAGACUGGAACCAGUUUCACCAGCCCCGAAACCUGCUGUUAGCCAUGGUGGGAGAGGUGGGUGAGGUGUCGGAACUCUUCCAGUGGCGUGGGGAGGUGGCGGAGGGCCUGCCGAACUGGACCGAGGCUGAGCGGGAGCAGCUGGCGCACGAACUGAGCGACGUGUUGAUCUACCUGGUGGAGCUGGCUGAGAAAUGUCAUGUGGAUCUUCCCCAGGCUGUGCUCCGCAAAAUGGCCCUGAACAGACUGAAAUACCCCGCCAGCAAAGUGCACGGUUCGGCCAAAAAGUACACCGAAUACCAAGACUGAGUUUGAUGAGAGGCUUUGGACAACAUAAAACUCUCCUGGACUUCCUGAUUACUGAACAAUCUCUCUUGGUUCAAAUGCUUUUUUUAUGGCGUCUGAAUAUCUGAAUGCUCUUCUUUCCUCUGGUACAUCUGCUUGCCUUGUUGCCAGCACAUGCAAUCCCAGUUUUAGCAGCAGGCAAUGCACUUAUAAACACCGUCUCAUUGCUUUUAUUGAGGGUAACUUUUAAACUCUACUUUUAGUCUCAUCAUUGUUUUCCCCGAGGGAAGCUGAUGCAAUGUACCCGCUUUGCAGAAGUGCUACUAUACUGCUGUCUGUGCCUUUGGGGCUAUUUGGGAGAAUGUAUUUUUCACAUUUAUAAAGUUUAAGUUUGACUCCAGGUUGGUUACAUGGGUCAAUCUGAGUUUAAGGAAAAUGAUCAAUACUCUCUACCAUUUCUAGGUACAAAAGAUGUGAAUUAGAUUUGUCAUCACGUUUUUUCAUUUAUAAUUAUCCUCCAUACUGAUGAUAUAAACUUGUUUCUGUUUUGUUUGGCUCUUUCACAUGUUUCUCCAAAGUAAAAGCUGCUGAAAUUC